GAUCUAGGGGGAGGGGUCAAAGGGAAAAGGGCAAGCGUAACGGCGCGUGGUGGGGAUUCUGAGGGAUGGCGAAGCAUCAUCCGGAUUUGAUCUUUUGUCGCAAGCAGGCCGGCGUAGCUAUUGGACGACUAUGUGAAAAAUGUGAUGGCAAGUGUGUCAUCUGUGACUCUUACGUGCGGCCCUGCACAUUGGUACGCAUAUGUGAUGAGUGCAACUAUGGAUCAUAUCAAGGGCGCUGUGUGAUCUGUGGAGGUCCUGGAGUCUCUGAUGCUUAUUACUGUAAAGAAUGUACUAUCCAGGAGAAAGAUCGAGAUGGCUGCCCCAAAAUUGUCAAUUUGGGCAGCUCAAAAACAGAUCUGUUCUACGAGCGAAAAAAAUACGGCUUCAAGAAAAGGUGAUCCCUUCGCCACCAUGGUAUGCCUGCCAGAGAAAGGAAGACUCCCUACUACAUCUUUGGAGUAGAGCUCUACUGGAAAGAAGUCAACUUUUGUUUUGUUUUCCAUUCUUACAAUAUGUUGGAAAAAUUAGAAUCUGCCAAUGAACUUGGAGGCUCUCUGGCUUCUGUGCCCUUCCUAGCAGCAGUUGUUACUGAGGGAUGUACUACUACUCCAUCUGUAUCUCAGAUGCAAGUAGUUGCAAAUUCAGCCCUACUUAACCUCAAUUCUACACAUUUAUAGGAAAAUGUGCUUGCUUCUUUUUUGACAAAUAACUUUUGCUGUGAGUUCUGACCAUCCCUGCGUUUUCCCUAAAAUAACAAUGAGAUAAAAUUCUAUGUUCCUGUAGAUUGUACAUCAAUAAAAUUUUAUAGCAGUCUUAUA